CGGCCGGGCUGGGGGUUCCUCUGUCGCCACGCCCCUAGGGCUCCCCUGCCACGUGACCGGGGUUCGGGCCGCCCUGCCGGGGGCGAUGCCCAGUCGGAAGCGGAAGCGGUUUUGGAAUGCAGAGUGUGCGUCCUUCCCAGAUGAGACAACCCUACAGCUGAAAAAAUCAAGUCUCAGGGCAUCAGUGGCUGCAGCUUCCAUUUCCAGUGCGUGGCUGAAGUGUGGGGAUGGCUUUGAGAGUACUUCUAUGCUGGAGUCACUGAGAUCUGCUGAUAAUAAAUCUAAGACUAAGAAGCACCUUGGACCACUCUUAACAACUGCUGAAAGCCCAGUUGGAUCUGCUGCUGAAAGCUCUAAGGAAGUUGAAGACAUAAUUUGGACCUCUAGUGGCAGUGAUUUUUCAGAUAAUGAAAAUAAAACAUCGAUUUCAAGGUUACACAGCAAAAAAAGUCUCACUUGCAAAGCAGAGAAGUCACAGGGCAGGCAUUUUUUGUUAGAGGACAGAAGUGAUGAAGAUGAAUCAGAGUUUAUUGACUGGGAGAAAGAUAGUGAUUCUGCAGAUGAAUGUAACGAAUCUGAGAAAGAUGACAGCUCACUGGAGAUAUCAGACACUGACUCCUGCACAAAUCUUAAUUCUCCACCUGUCCAAGAGGAGAAUGAUGAGCUUUGUAAGUUGGCAGAAAUUUCUGAAUAUUCAUCUGACAAUGACUAUGUGGAAGAAGUGGACACACAGCCCACUGAUCCAGGAUUCAUUAAGAAAUUGCAGUUGAGUGUGGGAGAAGCUGCAGCAAGACCUGCCAGCGAUUGGCUCAAGUCUGCACAGGCCCUUCUACAAACACCUAAGAAACAGUCAGGCAAGGCCUCAAGAACCCCGGAAGAUUCUGCUAAAAAAAGGAAAUUACUGAGGGGAGGGCUGGCUGAGAGAUUAUGUCGACUGCAGAACAGAGAAAGAUCUACUAUUAGCUUUUGGAGACAUCAGUGCAUUUCAGAUGCUAAAAUCCCAUCAGAUAAAUCUGGUGUUUUAAUUGUGAAGAUCUUAGAAAUGUUUGAGGAGUGUAUGAUACAAGUUGCCAUCUGCCAGCAGCUGGAAGAGUCUCCUGCUAUCAUUUCAUCCGAAGACCUUGUCAUCAGUACAAGAGAACCGAUAAUCAAAGUCCUUUUUGCAAGAGAGACAGCAGCUCACCUGAAGAGUAGGCCACAGGAUGUCAUCCACAUCUAUCCCCCAUGGCAAAAACUACUUCUCAAGAAUGCAGAUAUUCCUGUUAUCAUGAAUACAUAUUUCAGUCAGAAGGUAUUACUCAGCGAACACUUAGAAACAAGCAAGACACGGGGUCCUACAAAGAUUCUUAUUAGAAAGAAUAUUGUAUCUUUGGCACAGACAUUCAAACUAGAUGACCUUGACAAGCAACCCCAGGAAUCUUCAAAUAAUCAGGUGGCUUGUGCUCCACAAAUCCAUAACACCUGUGAUCCUAAAAAGCAUCCCUUAGCACUGGGUGCUGUUAAUGAUUCUCUGCUUGAAAUGGUGGAAAGCCAAGGAGCAGUGGGAUGGAGAGAAGUGCAGGUACGAGUCGUUAUCCAAAGGGUGUACUAUUUGCCUGCAAGAGAAAGUUUCAGAAGCCAAAUUCAAGGAAACAAGCCUGUCUGUGCUACACCCAUCAUAAAUUCAGAUCUACUAAAUGUUAGGUUAUGCCUCCUUGUCCAGGAUGCCUAUGGCAUGUUCAGUGAAGUACAGCUACAGUGUCUGGAUUCUGCAAAAGACCUUGAGCAGUACUGCAAGAGAUGGGAGGGAAAAUUCUGCUGUUUAGCUGGAAUGAAAAUUUUGCAAAGAACGACAAGAGGAAGGGCGUUAGGACUUUUUAGUCUGAUAGACAGUUUGUGGCCUCCAGUAGUGCCUGUAAAAGUUCCUGGACAAAGUCAAGACUCUGAAAUGAUGACAACUAAUCUGCCUCCUCCCAGCUUCUGUUAUGUUCUGACUGUUCAGUCUGGUGAAAUACACAUGGAAGUGGAUGAGGAAGAGACGAUUUCUAAAUUGUACCAGCCACCAACUGUGCAUAAUCUAAAGGAAAUUCUUCAGAUGGGUGGUUGUCAUGAACGUUGUAGCUUUUGGGCACGAGUACUGUAUCUAAGGCCACAGACAAAACACAGUGUUCCUGUAAAUCAAAGAGAGAUGUUGUUGUUUGUGACUGACUUCACUUUGCAAAGUGUAGUUCGUGGAAUUCCAAAAGUUGUUGCUGUGUCAGUCACUGCAUCAUGUGUUCUCAGUACGGAAAUCAUAGAAGCCCUCAAUGUUGCCUCACGAUUCAUCUUCUUCAAGGAUGCCCUGUGGGGAAAUGGUAGGAUUAUUUGUGUUGAACGUACUGUUCUCUUAUUACAAAAGCCUCUUUUGUGCUCGGCUGCUGAUGCUGACCUCAGUGAGCUGCCUGGCCCUGUCAAACUCGAUGAGCUGGAUUCUACCACACAGGCCAAUUCCAUUUGUGCUGUGAGAGCUGCUACAAAGAACAAUCUCUUCUCUCCUGAUGUCUGCUGCCAAUGUGGAUGGGAGCUACGAGGCGAGCAGCGUGCUGGGCAAGGAGCUGGGCCCGCUGCCCUGCCUCCUGCUCGGCGCCGGCGGGCGGCCCGGCUGCUCGCGGCUGGAGGAGGUGGCGCUGCUGCCCGCGGGACCCGGCGGGGCGAGCGGCUGAACGGGAGCGCGGUAAUGCAGGGCGGGGGGGGAGUCGAGAAGGGAGGCCGUCAAACGGGGGGGUGUACGGAGCGCACAGAGCUCUGCUCGGCCGCCCCGGCUCUUGUGCUGAGCCGUUUGUUGUUAUGGCACGUCGAACGCCUUGUUCUGGAGUUCCGAACGGUUGGGACGUUUUGUAUUCUGUUAUGUCAACGGCAAACACGUUACUGCCGCUUCUGCAAUGAAUGCCGCGGGGCAGCUCUGCCGGCGGGACCCACGGAAGCGGCUGGUUCCGAGCGGCGGUGUCGGUUACCGCCGGGUAAUAAAUGGCACUAAGACUUGACCAGCGCUUGUGUUGAGGUGUCCCGCAUUCCGAGUCCGCGUGUUCGGGGGAUGCCGCGCGUCCCUGCGGCCUGCUAACUCUAGCUCGCCCGGGGGAGCCGAUAUGGGGGUCGGCGUAAGAGCUCGGGCUGAGGGUGGGUUUCGUAAACGGCGAGAGCGAAGGGCAGGAGUCCCUCGGGCGGAGAGCGGCUCCGUGCGCACCCG